UUCCUGAUGUACAUUAGAGGAGCUUCCUUCAUUUGCUGUGUGAUCACAGAGUGUAGUCCUACCCUGUGACUAACAAUGUCUUUUUUGGACACACUGCGCCAGUGGGACGAUGCUAUAACGUGUGUGGACAGAAGCGAUUUGACUGAAGCACUCAGAAUUUUCUUGGACAUCCAAGAGCCAAACUCCAAAAUUUGUUUCAACAUCGGUUGCCUCCAGCUUCUCAACCAAAACCUGGAUGCUGCUGAAAAGGCCUUUGACUGCAGCAUAUGCAAGGACGAGCAUUUGGCGGUCGCCUUCUUUCAAAGAGGAAUCACCUUUUACAAACAGAACCGGUAUGAGGAAAGCAUUGGUGAUUUCCACCUUGCCUUCAAGGCUCUGCGAGGCAACCAGUUGAUAGAUUACAAAGUGCUUGGUCUCAGAUACAAGUUAUAUGCAUGUGAGGUCCUGCAUAACAUGGCCCUGGCGGAGGCUCACUUGGGUCAGUGGGAAAAGGCCCAGAGGAACCUAGCGAAGGCUCUCGAAUACAAGACUGAUGCCAAGCUCAGCAUCAUCGACAGAGCUAUGCAGUCAACCCUGAAACAAAAGGUUUUUCAAGCAGUCGAGUUCCCAUCCGCUGUGCUGUUUCGGCCGAACAAGCACUAUGUUGCUGAACUGGAGAAAAAGGACUACUUGGGAAAAGCCAAGGUGGUUGCUUCCGUUGUUCCCCAGGAUCACUUCUCUGGAUUUGCCCCUUUACAGCCACAUGUUGAACAAGAACCUUCAGGUCCGAAGGAGCCUGAGGUUCUAAGAGCUUUGGAAGGAGACCCUCAUAUUGUGCGCUAUGAGUUUAUUCCCGAGACGAGUGAUGAGUUGGCGGUUGUCCCGGGCAACAUUGUUUUUGUCCUGCAGAAAGGUUCGGAUAACUGGGCUUCAGUUCUUUUCAACGGAAGAAAAGGACUUGUUCCUUACAAUUACCUGGAACAUUUGGAGAUGUCCUUGGGCGGUCAGCAGAAGAACCAACUCUUAGAACCUCCAAGUCGGGUACCACCAACCAGGCCCGAAAGGAAACAAGGUCUUCUUCGUGGGGAAAGCAACAGUCAAGACUUCCAACAGAGGGAAGCCCAGAAUGCGGACAACUUGUUUAUUGUCAAAGUGCAUUACAAAUUCAACUUUGCAGUGUCACUAGCGAGUGGUUCCACUUAUGACACACUGAUCGAAAAGAUCAGUAAAAAACUUAACCUCUCUCCCUCGUCAGUCACACUGAGGUUAGCGUCGGAUGCAACAAGUGCAUUGAAUGACAAUACAGAUAUGGAGAGUAUUUGGAGCGCUCAAAACAAGCACAUCACAUUGUGGUGUCAUACGAAAGUACAAACUGCAGAAAAGCCGCAGAACAAUAAGACUGUUCUGGUGGCACUUCACUCCUAUGAGUCAACAAAUCCCGAGGACCUUGGUUUCAAUCAGGGGGAUAAAAUCACACUCAUCUCUAAGAUUAACCAGGACUGGUUGGAAGGACAUUCUAAUGGGAACACUGGCAUCUUUCCUGCUUCCUUUGUGGAGAAAGUGAAUGACUAGUGAUGCUUGCAAAUGGGCAAGGAUAGAGUCACUUUCCCCACGUUAUGUCCCCUAAAAGUCACUGAUAAGUUAAACCACUUCGAAGAAAUGCCACUAAGCUCCUUCUUCUUCAUAGGCGAUAGCGAUGCCCCUCCUGCCCUCCACAGCUUUCUCCACGGGCGUCUCCCCCAACUUCUGCUCCAAGCCGCGCCAGCUCCGAUUCGCCAAAAACGAUGCUGAAAAAGAGAGUGAACACUUGAGUGUGCUUUCACUUUGUACCGCAAGAUUGCGAUAAUAAACACAGGACAAAAACAUCAA